CAGGGCAGAGGGUGCUCUUGUUUGACAGAGGAAAACAGUGACAGGAGUGGAAACAUGGCUCGUAGUUUACUGAGCAGAGCUGUGGAUGUAGUUCAUCUCAGCAGGUUAACUCUGCUGCCCGGGACACGGCUGUACACCCAGACUCAGACGGAGCCGCUGACCGUGAAACAGGAAAACAACAGAAUAAGGAGAAUUAUAUUGAACAAUCCCAAAAAGAGAAAUGCCCUGUCCUUGGCCAUGUUGGAGUCACUCAGAGAAAACAUCCUGACUGAUAUUGACAGUGAAAAUCUCAGAGUUAUUAUCAUCUCAGCGAAGGGUCCAGUGUUUUCCUCUGGUCAUGACCUGAAGGAGCUGACGUCAGCACAGGGCAGGGAAUAUCACACACAAGUGUUUCAUACUUGUGCAGAGGUAAUGACUCUUAUACAGGACAUACCUGUACCUGUGAUCGCUAUGGUGAAUGGCAUUGCCACGGCAGCAGGUUGCCAGCUGGUUGCUAGCUGUGACAUCGCCGUGGUGACGGAAAAGUCCACCUUCGCCACCCCCGGUGUCAACGUAGGCCUGUUCUGCUCCACACCAGCAGUGGCCAUAGGAAGAGCUGUGCCCAGGAAGGUUGCCAUGGAAAUGCUGUUCACAGGAGCGCCCAUCUCAGCCCAUGAUGCUUUGCUGCAUGGUCUGGUCAGUAAGGUGGUGCCAGAGGAGCGGCUGGAGGAGGAGACGUUAGCCAUAGCCCAGCGGGUGUGCCAGGCCAGCCGACCUGUUGUAGCCCUCGGCAAAGCCACCUUCCAAAGACAAAUGGCACAAGGUCGAGAUGCAGCCUACGCCACCGCCUCCAAGGUGAUGGUGGACAACCUGGCUCUGAGAGACGGCCAGGAGGGGAUCCGAGCCUUCAUCGAGAAACGCAAGCCGGUGUGGAGCCACACAGCGGAGACGGCCCACGACUGACGGGCGGAUGGACGCUGCACUGGAUGAAGUGGCUUUUACUCCAUAGCGCUCUAGUGAUUAUCCUGAUAGUUACACUCUGAACCUGGCGUUUGGUUGAUGGUGUGGAAUUUCAGAGGCAUUCCAGCUGAAAUGAUGAGGCUGAGCAACUGAUGCAGAAAUGAGACUCACCAGAUCCCAAGAGACAGAAGCUUUGAAUUCUCAGACAAGUAGCCUUGCCUCUUACAAGACCAUGGUGAGGAGAUGAGAAGGAAGUACAUUAGGACACAGGAAACUUGAGAUGGUCAUUAACAGUCACAAAUGUUCUACAACUUAAGUACACUGCUCUCACUAUAUCUGUCUAAUGUAAGGUAUAUUUCAAUGGAGGACCUACAACUGGCACAAAACAACCAGUCAGAAGUACCACAAUUAUCACAAGCUACCACAAAACAUACAACAAAGUAUCACAAAACACUACAAUUAUGAUACCAUGAAUUAUGGGGCACUUUGUGGUACUUAGUUGUUCAUUAUGGUAUGCUUUGUGAUUCUCUGAGGUAUUCUCAGCGGCACUCUGCAGUUAACAGGGCAGUUUUAGCAGUUCCUGUUGUACAUGAAUAACUUGAUUCAAGUGCAAUGAAAAAUGUGAAAAGAGCUGUUUUUUUUUUUUUUUUCAUGUGAUACUCUUUAUGUGAUACCUGCUGUACAGGGAGGCCUUGAUAAAUACAGAGUAAUGUUAUUGAUAGCUAAUGAGGGAUUGACAAAAUCUUUGAGGUGAUGGGAAGAAGCCUGUGAUGUCUCAGUGCACCGUGUCACCACAGCAGUGUUGCAUCAGGCUGCAGUUUUGCCACGUUGCCAUGUGAUGGUGUCGUCGUGCAGAUCUGAAGAGUGAAGGUGCAAAAAGAGACUUCAGAGGCUCACAUACAGCAGGAGUAAGAGCCAGCUGAUCAUAUCACACUUCAUUUCUGUGACUUUUCAGAAUAAAAAUCUAAUAAAGUAAAUGCUUUGUAUCAAGGGUA